AUGGCACUGGUACUAAUGGAGGAAUUCGGUGAGGUACCGGGAGAAGGACGUGUAAAGAAGUGGACCCUGAAAUCGUCCAACAUCACAGUGGAAAUCAUAACACUAGGGUGCAUCAUAACAGCCAUCAAGUGUAAAGGCAAGAAUGGAGAGGUCAAUGACGUCGUUCUGGGUUAUGAUGAUCUUGAUGGUAAGUGCUGAUCUUGAAUUCCUCCUUGCUUAACUAAGGGACUUAGAGAUACUUCGGGAUUUGGCAAGGAUGCCUUUAUCUACUUCCCCAUAGUCAGAUGAACUUGUGGAUACCAUUUUUAUGUCUCCGUGUCCAGUAUGAAGGAAUUUAGAGAGAGUUUUGCGAGCCAAUGCUAACUAGUUUUAGUGCAAUAACAAAGUAUCCAGUGUUCGCAGCCUGGUCUCAUAGACUAGACGUAACAAAGUAAAUGUAAAUCCGGGACACUCAAUAGUAUGAUAUGUUACGUUUGAUAUGGUUACAUACCGAAAACAAGGGUGGAUGGGUGGGCAUAUAACGUGAACAUCUAGCAACCCAAAGGUUGCUAGUUCAAAUCUCAUCAAGGACAACUUUAGCAUUUUAGCAACUUUUCAACUACUUACUACUUUUGAGCUACUUCACAAUUGCUUAGCAUGUUAGCUAACCCUUCAUCUAGCCUUAACCUAACUCCUAAACUACUUACUACGUCUAGCAACGAAUGUCUAGCAACCCAAAGGUUGCAAGUUCCAAUCUCAAGGACAACUUUAGCAUUUUAGCUAAUUAGCAACCUAUUUACUACUUUUUAGCUACUUUGCAACUACUUAGCAUGUUAGCUAACCCUUCCCCUGACCUUAACCCUUUUAGUGAACCCUUCCCCUAACCUUAACCCUUUUAGCUAACCCUAACCGUUUAACCUAACUCCUAAACUUAACCCUAACCUUAACCCUAACACCUAGUCCAGCUAACAUUAGCCAGUUAGCUAAUGUUCGCCACCGAGCUAGAAUUCGUAACAUAUCAUCCGUUUUUGAAAAUUCAUAACAUAUUGUACGUUUUGAAAAUUCUUAACAUAUCAUACGAAUUGUAAUUUGUUACAUAUCAUACGAAAUGGGUGAUAGACAUCCUCAAAUGUUAAGGAGUGUCUCAGAUUUACGUACAGAAUAAUAUGAAAUGCUCUGAUACCAGGUUGGUGUUCAACAUAUGUUACCUAUGCUCAAUAUGGGUAAAUUGUUUGACAUGAGUUCAAGCAGUCUCUGAACUGGGAGUGGGGGCAUAAUCAGACCUUUGACCUUGUGAACUCUUGAUGACUUAUGAAAGGAGUUUUAAAGUACUAAUGUGAGUGUGUCUCUGACACACUGAAGUCAGCAGGAGACACACAGAAGUCAGCCUCUGAAAAUACCCGAAAGGUGGGAAGACUUGAACAGGAUGAUGAAAUGAUAAGGCAACUAAAAAGCAAAGAGCCUGCACCAACCGUGUGAGCGUGUGUGUGUGUGUGAGAGAGAGAGUGUAGCUUUUGCAGAUUUUUGCUAAGAGUGUUAUUACAAAUAUUAAAGCCUAUAGAGUGUUUUAUGUGAUGCGCAUGGUAAACACUGAGCAAAGGUGCUGUUUUAUGUGCGAUAUCUGUGUGACUCUUGAAUGAGAAACAAUGACACGGCUCAACUGUUUUAUUGCAGGCUAUCUGGCCAACCCCAAGUACUUUGGCGCUGUUGUCGGCCGGGUAGCCAAUAGGAUCGCCAAGGGCAGAUUUGUGGUCGAUGGGAAAGAUUAUCAACUGGCCAUCAAUAAUGGACCUAACGCUCUCCAUGGAGGACUGAGGGGCUUCAGCAAGGUAAAAACAAACACCAAAACCACCAAAACCAUGGAAGCACACAGACUGCACCAUAAAAAUGGAAGUAGAAGGUUCUCGAUGGACUGCACUCACAUAAGACAGGAUUCACUCACACUAUUUAAGUACCGUAUUGUAGACGUCAGCAUGACUACUGUAUUGACAACUCUCACACACAGAUGAGUUGAGAUCAUUCUUUAUUAAUCCCCAAAGGAAAUACAUUUGUGCGUAGGCAAUUAAAAAGUACAGUGCUGAACUAGUGUGCAAAAGAGCAAUUGAAGUGUCUAGGUAGUGCGUAAUCAAUGUAUUUUCUGUCAUGAUGACAGCAACCUGGUGUUGUUAAAAGCCUGAAUGACUGUGGCCGUGGGCAGGAGACACUUUCUUAACCUGAAUGACUGUGGCCGUGGGCAGGAGACACUUUCUUAACCUUUCUGUAGAGCACCUGGGUAUAAUCAGUCUUCCGCAGAAGGAGCCCUGUUGGCCCAUAAGUGCUCUGUGUAGGAGGUGCAGUCCAUUCUAAAUGAUUACCUUAAUUUUCCUCAUAUCUCGGCUCGGCACUGCACUGUGACUUCAGGAGAAUACACAGGAAUAAAGAACCCUAAGGGAACGACUGUAAAUGCCUCAUUGCAGCAGUAGAAUCAACUUUUUUAAAUGAACAUUUGAAUAUGAAUGAUUUAAAUAAUCCGCUACACAUACAUAACGCUUCUCUCCUGUGUUUAUCUCUGUGGUCAGCACAUUAUGAGUGUUCUCCCCUGUCGGUCACACUACAUGCCUUUAAUCAGCCCUGUAUGGAAGCCAUGGAUAGAUCCACUUUAAGCUGUGCUGCACAAAACACCAUUACCAUCCAACCGUAGGCCUCAGUGUUCACUGCUGCGUCAUUACAACUGAAUCAAUUAUAGGCAUUAUAAACUCAGCUAAUGGCCCCUGGAAAUAGCACUCGGCUAUAGUGUCUGCUAACUGCUCCAUAAAGAGAAAGCUGUCUAAGCCCCUGGACUUUCCGUCUAGAGAGAGGACAGACACAACAGCCUUUCUAUAGUUCCAUCUGGCUGGUGAGAUGUCUGUGGUUAGUCUUUUUAGCAGAUUCAGCUCCGUCUUUCACAGAUUUGAUAAAACAUUAGCACUUUUGAAGUCUGCUGCGAAUAUUCACAGACAGAUUGUUCUCUUUGAUUACAUCGCCCUGGGAGAAUAUAUCAGAAGUGUGAAAAUGUGGUAUAACAGCAACAACAACAGAAAGAUUGUUAAAGUCAAAAGAAGUCCUAGUUUUCUUUCAAUAAGUUUUAAAACAAUAUGUUUUGUUUAAUCCGGGGAAGAGCAGUCAUAUUUGAUAAACCAGAGCUCAGAAUGAGUUGUAAUAGAUCAGUCAUAUUCAUCAUUCCAUUUUCACCUCGGGGGUCAGACUCUAUUAUCCAUGCGGUGCCAAGAACACUGCAAUUGCAUGAUAUAAAUUCAAAUUGUCAUCAUUCCUGUUCCAAUCACCAAGGAUACAAGAGAUAACAUCAUGAAUUAUUCAUAUCCUGUCUCAUCCAGGCUUUUUUAUUCAUACACCCAUAGUGCCCGAUGUUUCUUCAGGUCAAGUGGAUUCCUCAAGAGCCCAAAAUCCUGAUCCCACACUUUAAACUCAGCUGGCAGUCCUCUGGUUACAAAUCAAUGUCACUAUUCAAUUCACACACCUGUUUGUCAGUGGAGGUUUGUCUUGGACCACAGAUUGAUCUAAUUUACAUCUGUAGUAGAUAGAAACCAAGGCCACACGACAAUGACACGGUGGACUUAUGUUAUGGAGUGGCAAGGAGUGGAAUGUAAUAGCUGAAUAGAGACGGCAACCAGGUCUAACUGUAGUCACUUAGCAACUGUUGCACUCUCAAUUAGCGUGGAGAGAUUUGUUUACAGACAGAUGCAGAGGCCACUCUUGUUCUUUUUGUGAGGCAUUAGCAUUUUGCCAAGCCACAGGUGUCCUCCAGAUCACAUCAUGACUCAUCACUUAUCAGCCUGAAGGGCUGCUAGUUAUAAAUAGCAGAUAGCACUGGUAGCACCAUGAUGGAGAUGACAAACUGAUGGAUGGUAAAAGGAGCGGCAAACAAAAGAUGGCAUCAUACUUUAAGUCUUGAUGACAUUCCUAUUUAAAGCUGAGAAUAGGCUACAGAGUGCCAGAGCCAGCUGUCAAUCAAAGGGGCUACGCAUUAACUGCAGGCAGUGUUUGACAUUGGCUGCUGUCAGUGGAGCGAAUACUUUUGUUUUGACUGUGCACUCCACUGAGAGAGAGGUGGAAGAAUUGCUGUGGUACAGAAAGAAAGCGAGAGAGAGAAUGGGCAUGCAGAAAGUGGGGGAGUAGAAGGAAGGAUGGCGAGAGAAAAGAUUAGCUCCAGGAGAUGUAUCAGAGCCUUGCAGAUGCAUGCUACCUAAUUUUUAGCUCAUUGUUAGUACAUCAUGUCCUUGUGCUUCAGGCUGCCUAUUGACAGGUUCCUCCCAUGACCAAUUUUACCCUCAUCCGUCUCCGACCUCCCUCCCUCCCUCCCUCCCUCCCUCCCUCCCUCCCUCCCUCCCUCCCUCUAUACCCCUCUACCGCUCUCUCUUAUCUUUCUUUCUUUCCCUCUAGCUGUCUCUUUCCAUCUCACCCUUUCUCUCUCUAGCUCUCUCUCGCUCUCUCUCUGUCCCUCCCUUCCUCUCUCUCUCUCUCUCUCUCUCUCUCUUUCACUUCUUCUCUAGUAACUGAAAGUGACAUUAUGACAUGCAACAGCAGUGUGGGCCAUGGUGGAUCAGAACACUUAGACGGUGGAUUAAGGUCAAACACAAUAAUGCUGGGAGAUGAUAACAAAGGUGCUCCAUUGUUUGUAAGAUUUGAAUCCAGUUCCAGUCCAUACAGGAUGAGCUCAUGGAUUAGAGGCAGAACUGUUGUUUAGACGUCUGCUCUCACAAGUCUGUCAGUGUCAGAAAUAUUAACUCUGAGUGUCUCACACAUCGAGUAUUGAGUUAUUGUUCCCGUGUUUAUUGGCUGUGCAUGGCAAAGCACAGGUGAUAGUGAUUUUUUUAUUUAUUUAACCUUUAUUUAACUAGGCAAGUCAGUUAAGAACAAAUUCUUAUUUACAAUGACGGCCAAACCCUGACGACGAUGGGCCAAUUGUGCGUCGCCCUAUGGGACUCCUAGUCACGGACGGAUUGUGAUACAGCCUGGAAUCUAACCAGGGGGUCUGUAGUGACGCCUCCUGCACUAAGAUGCAGUGCCUUAGACCACUGCGCCACUCGGGAGCGGUCAUCAUCAUCAUUGAUGAUAUCAAUUUCUAAACAAAACUGUGUUUAUUUCCUCUAACACAUGCAUUUGGCAUUCUAAUUGACAGCGGCAGGUAGCCUAGCGGUUAAGAGCGUUGGGCCAGUAACCGAAAGGCUGCUGGUUUGAAUCCUGAGACGACUAGGUGAAAAAUCUGUCGGUGCCCUUGAGCAAGUAAUUGAUUUAUUGAAUUGCCCCUGUGCUGGGCUGGGCUGUGCUGUGCUGUGCUGUGCUGUGCUGUGCUGUGCUGUGCUGUGCUGUGCUGUGCUGUGCUGUGCUGUGCUGUGCUCCAGGUGAUAUGGGCAAGUGAGGGUGUGGAGGGGGGGGUUCGGCUCACCCUCACCAGCCCAGACGGGGACCAGAAUUACCCCGGGGAGGUGCAGGCCUCUGUCACCUACACCCUGGAGGGGGACACGCUGAGCAUCCAGUACCAGGCCCGCUCCACCAGAACCACCCCCAUUAACCUCACCAACCAUUCCUACUUCAACCUGGCUGGACAGGUAGGACCAUGAGAAGGAGCUGUCCUCUUUCAGACAAUUACUGUGUAGUUCAAAUCAAAUUGUAUUUGUCACAUGCGCAGAGAAAGAAAAAAAGUAUGAAAAUUAACAAAUAGAUAAAAAGAAAAUCGUAACACAAUAAAAUAACAAUAAUAAGUUAGUUAUGUUUCUAAAUGUGUUAGGGUACGUGUAGUACUAAGUUCAAUGUAAUAUGCAGUAAUAUGUAGAGAAAUCAUGUUAAAAAUGUAUGGAUCGAACCAGCCAAUCACUGUAAGGCUCCUUGGUGGCAGAGAAAAGCAGACUAUUUCUAUAUUGUUGACUGUGUAUUGUUUCUGUAUCAGUAUUUCAUAUCAGACAUCGUAGUGGGAUUGCAGUAUGAUUGGUUAUUGACUGGCCACAGGCAUUAUGUUGUGGAAUUCAGAUACACCUCCUACUCAGUAUCUCCUUAUCUCUUCUGCUGUCAACAGAAUGGUAAUGAGGUUAUUGAAUGAAAGUGUUUCAAGAGAGUGCACGUUCUGAGUGACAGUGUCUCAGGAGCGUGCAUGGGCUGAGAUUGAGGUGCUUUUUAAUGUGACCCUAACUAAACUUUGUUUGAUAGCAUCCAUCAGCAUGGUAACAAGGCACAUAUCUCCAGGCUGUGUGUUGAUGGUGUGUGUGUGUACGUCUGUGCGUGCGUCUGUGUGUGCUUGUGUGUGCCUGCAGGGCUCAGCUGACAUAUACGACCAUGAAGUCUCCAUCAGCGCUCCAACAUAUCUGCCUGUGGAUGACACCAUGAUCCCCACUGGUAAGAGAUAAAAAUACAAUUUUCUUUAAAUAAAUGAUAUUUUUUAUCACAAGAAAAAAACAGAUUUUUAUAGAAUAGUCUCAAAAGCUCUCAGAAGUAAAAUACCAGGUAGGAUAAUUACAUGGAUAGAAUAUUACCUGCCCUAUCCUCACCCCAACCUCUCAGCAGCGAGCAGGUCAGACAUACAAAACAUGACUCAACUGAAUGAUUUUUAAUUGGAAUAACUUUGUCAAGUUAGCCUUUACUCUGUGUGCAUCUCGUCUCCUACCCUGUUGAGGUGUAUAAUGAGGAUGAGGUGUUGACCUGUGUGUGUGUGUGUGUGUGUGUGUGUGUGUGUGACCCUCACCCUGCAGACAACCCGUGGGCUCUGUUCUAGGAGAGCAAACUUGUGAUAACAAUCUUCUCCAAACUCAGAAAUACUGUUCUAACUGAUGAUGCAUGUUAGAGAGUCAGAUGCAUCAGAUAGCAGAAAACGGUUUCUCUUCAAUCUUCAUCUUAGUAUCAGGGACAGAUUGAGUGUGCUUCAGAGCCCUCACACUGUUUCUCUCUAUACAAAUUAUAAUCUGUUAAAAAGAAUGGGAAACUGUUGGGAAAGCUUUAUUUAGGUUAAAGCCUUAAAAAUCGGCAUCAACACACACUGAUAAAAAAAAAAACUACUUUAUCUGUUGACUGAAUUUAUUAUAUUGCAGAAAGCAAUUUCAUCCAAAAGGUAAUCUUACUCUCUCUCCCUCGCUCUGACUUUAGUAUAACAUUUAGGGCACAGCAUGAGUCUAGAAAAUACUAGACUGCCUGACUAAGACUAUAGAUUGUUAACUGGAUGUCAAAGACUUAACACAGUGCAACAGUAUGGAAGUAGAUUGGUGGGAUUCGGGCUGUAAUCUUCCAUCAGGCUUAAUCAGCAGAGCGAGAGCAGCUGGGGAGAGCAGCCCGACUCAGUAAUAAUUUAGUAGGGAGUCCAAGCGUCGCUCCAUUAGCAAUGUCUGCGUGACGUUACGCCACAGAGAAACGGAUAUGUUUCACCCACAUGGGUGGAGGGACCACAGCACUGCCUAAAAUGUAGUGUGAAAUAAUGAUUUUCCAUCAUUUCCUAGAGUACCUAAAUUACGCAAAAGCAGUCCGUAAUAUAAAUGUGAAUGAUUUGGACAGAUAAGUCAUCUUUUCUCUAGGAACGAAUAGAAUAGAAGUCGGUUAGGGCUAUUGGUUAAUGUUGCCAGGCUCGUUUGAAUGGUAAUACCACAGGUAUUGAGGACUGGAUGGUGAAUCCUGGUCUUUUUUAGUUUGUAGGAGGGAUAAAUGGCCAUUAUAGCAGAGUGACUGACAGCCAGUUCUUCUUCUCCUAAAUACAGGAGUCAUCUAUUAUCUUCUCUAUCUAUCUCUCUCUACCGACUCUGUCUUUAUCAAUGUCAGUCUCAUUCCCUUUUCCACUCUCUCUCUAUUUCUCCUCUCCUUAAGGUGAGAGACCGUUACUGUCAGUUGCUACUAGACAGAGGUCUAACGCUGUUGUGUUGAGUUUUAGAAUAAUCAUUAACGUACUCCAGAUUAACCUAUCCAAGCGCUCUUAGACCUUUAGAUAAACACAUUCAUUACAGUUCAAUUACCAGUCCGCCCCAUGGGACAGCCUAAUGGUGCAGACAGAAUAAUUAAUGACUGUUUAUUUUUAGAGUCGGUUUGGAGCCGCAGUAAAUUGGGCUUUGGGCUUUAGAGUAAAUGUUAGUCCAUGGAGAGUCAAGAUACAUUUUCUGCUUGGUCCAUCUGAUGCCUCUGGGUUUGUUUAUUUGAAAUUGAGAGUAAGAGGCUGUUGGAACACCUGUGUGUUUUUCAUUUUGAAUGGCCUAGGGGUUAGAGGUCAGGUGGUCAGAGGUGAACCCUGACUGAUACCUUCAGAUAGAGAGAGGAAAUGAGAGAUUGUGUCCUUGAGAAAACAUAAAAUUGAAUCGAAAUCGGAAUGGAAACCCAGACACUAAUCUAGAAUCCAUUAUCCCAUCCACCCCCAACCCCCCUCCCACCAAACAAAUGCACCUGCUGCCUCUAGUCCAUACUAAGAUGCCUCUUACCAUACCAGAACAUCAAGCAUUAUACCAACAGCCCCUAAACACUCAAAACCAGUUUACAAUUCACUGAACCAGACUAGAAUACAUCCCACAAACCAGUUUUCUACUUGAUUGAACCUUGAGGAGGCUUCACUUUUUUUUUUUCCUACGUAAUUCACUUAAUUAAGUCACCUUUGUGGUUGUAUUUGUUUCUUCUCUGUGUUGUCUGUUUGGAUUGUGCUUUUUUGUGCAUGUGAAAGGCCCUCUGUAUCAUGUCACUAUUGUAGUUUAAUUUCCUAUCUCAGUUCUUGUUGAGGCACUGGAUAAAUGAGGAAGCCGAUCUGAUUGAUAGCCACCUUCGUCAUGGCGAUAUUUUUGGCCUGUGAAAUUGCAAGGGGAUCAACGAGGAGGUGGUUUGGGGGCAGGGAGGCUCUCUGAGAAGCCUUUGAGUUGCUCAGCGUUUAUUAAGACCGAGAAUGUUAUCUGACAUUAGUACGCUGUCAGGGAGAAAGAGGCUGUUUGUCCUUCAUACCACCUCCCAAAUUGUCACUCUGUUAGUCAGUGGUAUGUUACGAAGGUUUUCCUAAAGGAAAGGGAGAAUAAGUUCAGAGGAAUUUGGAGCCUAAUGGUGGUUUAUUUUAAUGGUUUGACAUAAUCAAAUAUCCUCACUGUUUAAAUAGUGAGGCGUGUGUUUCUCAGUUCAUUUUAUAUCUCUAUUUAAUGAAUUUUAAAGCCUAUUGGUGUUGGAUGUUUGCCAGUUAAUUACGGUGCUGUGUCCAAGUCCUCAGCCCUAUUCAUGUCAAAACUGACAUACCCAGCUCUAUCCCUGCUCUGUCUACAGGCGAGGUCAGAUCAGUGGAGAGCACACCCUUUGACCUUCGGAGGCCAGUUCUGAUUGGCCCACGGCUGAAAGAAGUGCCUGGGCCUGGGUUCGACCACAACUUCUGCCUGUCAUCACCUGGAGAUGCUUGGACAGAGCGCGUGUGUGCAAGGUGAGGCCACACUAUGUUGGGCUGUACAGUGGGCACUGCAUCGCAAGGCAUUGCAGUCUUGGUGUUUCUCUAUAAAGCAUCAGUAGUGGUCUUGCAGAGCAACUUAGAAAAUGCAUGAACACUGCACAGUGCCCUAGCUACAACCUUGGAUUAGCGAGUGACUGUGUCUCUCUCCUAUCCUACUCUCACCUCUGCCCUCCCUCCCUCUGUCUCUUUAGGGUAUUUCACCCAGCGAGUGGGUGUGUUCUGGAGGUCAGCACCACUCAGCCCGGUGUCCAGUUCUACACAGCCAACUUCCUGGAUGGCUCUUUCAAAGGAAAGGGUGGGGCCUCUUACCCUAAACACAGUGCCUUCUGCCUGGAGACACAGAACUGGCCUGACGCUGUCAACCAGGUACGCUGUCCUGUGAGGUAGUCCUUCACUAAUAUAUGGAGUAGAUCAGUGGUAGAGGGGAGAGCAAGAGCCUGCUAAUUUGGCCAUGGUUCAAUAAUAGUAGUCUGUGUAGGCUGCAACCAUAGAGAUCAACUAUGGAAAUACUUGCAGAAUGAAAGUCGAUGUUUAGCCACAGUUGUGGUUUGCAAAUGGCCUAUGAGCUUAACUACUGCGGCUGUAGACUUUGUAUUGACAAGGAACAUUAAACACUGUCAGUACUGGUCUUCUCUUUAUGAUGGGCAGUCUGGUGGGUCCACAUGCAUUUAAAUCACUGCAAGGCAGGCUGCUAAGACACACGCACGCACACACAAUUUAAUUGUUCCUGAGCCUUCUCCUCACAGCCCAUUAUCUCUAACAAGACUUGACUUAUUAAUUAAUCACUCUAGUAUUUUUGAAUAACUACUGUUAAGGUACGAUGGUAAUGAUGUGUUCAUUAACUAAAUGAUAAAUGACACUGCUACUGAAAAAUUAAGCCUAGAAGUUCAUUAUAUUAUCUUUGUAUCUAACAUUGCAAAUGCUCAGCAGUUUAGUUACAUACAGAUUUUUUCAUUAAAGUAAAAUCAAAGGGCUUAUACUGAUCAACAGACCUUUAUAUGUUGAAUCAUACUCACUUGUUUUGUAAUUAUGUGUAAUGCUUUGAUUAGCUAUAAAGUAGGAGUUAAAUGCUAAAGCGGAACCAAAACGUAAUAGGAGUCAGUUACAGUUCGAAGUUGUUGUACAUGAGAGCAUAAACGUUUAACGGCUAGAAUGACGUGACUAGAUUGUAGUUGGUGUAUAGACAGUAAAAGCAUAAUGUAGAGAUUGUGUGUUGGUGAAUAGAGGAGAUUCAAGUGCAUGGUGCAGAUAAUGUGGAUGUAAAGGAGUUGAGGGAGGUUGUGUAAGAGCAGAGGACAGGUUCUGUGGUUUCAUGGAGAUUUUGUAAGAGCACAGAUUGGAAUCAUGGGAAAUCGAUUGUGGUCAAGUGUGUGGGAGGGGAAGAGGCCACUUUACAGAUGGAAGGAGAGGGAGAGAGGGAAUAGAGAAGGUGUGUGUGUGUGUGCUUGUGUGUAACUGUGUGUGUGUGUGCCUGCGUGUCUCAUUCUUGUAGAGAUUGUAUGUUAUAGACACGCAGUCAUGCUGUCUAUAUGGGCAGUAUACACUGAGUAUACAAACAUUAGGAACACCUUCGGUGUAUGGACUCUACAAGGUGUCGAAAGCGUUCCACGGGGAUUCUGGCCCAUGUUGAUUCCAAUGCUUCCCACAGUUGUCAAGUUGGCUGGAUGUCCUUUGGGUGGUGAACCAUACUUGAUACACACAGGAAACUGUUGAGCGUGAAAAACCCAGCAGCAUUGCAGUUCUUGACACAAACCGGUGCGCCUGGCACCUACUACCAUACCCGGUUCAAAGGCACUUCAAUUUAUAUCUUGCCUAUUCACCCCCUGAAUGGCACACAUACACAAUCCAUGUCUCAAUUGUCUCAAGGCUUAAAAAUCAUUAUUUAACCCGACUCCUCCCCUUCAUCUACAGUGAUUGAAGUGGAUUUAACAAGUGACAUCAAUAAGGGAUCAUAGCUUUCACCUGGUCAGUCUAUGUCAUGGAAAGAGCAGGUAUUCUUAAUGUUUUGUAUAAUCAGUGUAUAGGAUUUGCUGCUUUCUGCAGCACACAAAUAACAAAACCCCAUCACAUUUAAAGGUAUAUCAAUAACAAAUGUCUGGUUCUUUAAAAUGCAUGAUUACAGGGGCCAAAGUGUACAUGUACGGAGCAAGGGCAAAUGUUUCAAUAAUAAUUCCAUGCAGUCCAUGAUGCAGUCUCUGGUUUCUCUAUACUGUAUUUCCAACCUCUGUGUAAAACUGUACUAGUGAACUGCUGGUCAGCUCAGCCAUGCAGGACUGUAACUCUAGCCAAAGGCAGCCAGCUCACUGAUAAGCUGAUGGUGCCCAAUGAAUCAAGAGCACAAGAAGUCAAAGCACUCUAUUACAUUGCAUGCUACAGGGGUUAGGGGCUCUGGCGACAAUGAGAACGUAAUACUAGGGCUGUCCCCGAAAAAAAUAAAAAUAAUAAUAAUAAUCUUGGUCGACCGAGAGUCGUCCUGUUCUUUCGACCAAUCGAUUGGUCAAAAUGUUUAAACGUAUUUUUGCAUAUAUAGGCAGACACACCCGAUGUGUUUGAAUAAAAUCAACUACAUUAUGCACUGAGCUUGUCUGAUGCUUUAAGCAUACUGUUUGAUUAAAUAAUUAAGACACACAAAUGACUCAAGAACGAGACCGAUGGUCACACUGUGUUAAAAAAAAUGACAGCGAGUCUGUUCUAACGAAAAAAAUAUGUGUAAAGCCUUUAUAGCAUAUCAAAGAUUAAAAACAGACAAAUCUGUGAAAUUGCUUUAUCUGAUAUUUUGCCGUUGCAUGAGGCUUGGUGGAUUUACUAGGAUUAAAUGUCAGGAAUUGUGAAACUGAGUUGAAAUGUAUUUGGCUAAGGUGUAUGUAAACUUCCGACUUCAACUGUACAUGGAUGAUUUAUAAAGCCAGGUACUUUUAACAGUAAGGCUAUUGAUUAUAGACCUAAUUAAAUUGGGGUUUCCUCUCUCCUCAAUUUUCUUAGAUAAUUAGGAUAGGCAAGGGCUGUUUCCUUGUCUCUGCUGCUGCUGCCUCCGCCACAUUGUUCUCAAUCCCAAUGUGUUGGUUAACUUUGCUAUUAUGCACAUAGCAACAUAGGGAAAGGUGCCAAUUCUAUGGCGCACUGAAGAUAAUGUUUCAAAACCGCAGACAGCGACCGUAUUCAAUGCGGGAGAAAGCGCAUUUGUUAUAAAAUAAUAUUAGAUUUAUUAGUGUUGCACCAUUAUUUUUACAUAAUAUAACCAUAUACAAUUUCAGUAUCAGAGUGAUGGAAUGUGCCAUCCCCGUGGCCGCCGCAAUGGACUAGUCCACUGAGACAGGCGCGAAUCAGACAGGUGUCUUGUGCAUCAUAAAAUAUAUGUUACUGCUCGACUAAAAAACUCUUGGACGACCAACAGCCUAACAAUCGAACAGUCGACUAAAUGGGGUCAGCCCUUGUUCAAUACUCAGGGAAAGUACUUGUUGUUACAAUGCUUUCUGUCUGCAAGGCUUAUAGGGAGGGCCUUCCAAUGAAAGACAUGAAUACACAUGUGGACACUGAGUUAAAUGCCUAUCGAUGUACAGUAUAGGGUAUGUAAUACCACAGUUAUCUAAUAAUUAUUUGAUGACAAGGUCUUCUUUCUGAGGGUCAAUUUGAAGAGAAAAAGUGGAGGAGGAAGUGAUACAGUGAGGGAAAAAAGUAUUUGAUCCCCUGCUGAUUUUGUAUGUUUGCCCACUGACAAUGAAAUGAUCAGUCUAUCAUUUUUAUGGUAGGUUUAUUUGAACAGUAAGAGACAGAAUAACAACAAAAAGAUCCAGAAAAACGCAUUUAUUUGCAUUUUAAUGAGGGAAAUAAGUAUUUGACCCCUCUGCAAAACAUGACUUAAUACUUUGUGGCAAAACCCUUGUUGGCAAUCACAGAGGUCAGACGUUUCUUGUAGUUGGCCACCAGGUUUGCACACAUCUCAGGAGGGAUUUUGUUCCACUCCUCUUUGCAGAUCUUCUCCAAGUCAUUAAGGUUUCGAGGCUGACGUUUGGCAACUCGAACCUUCAGCUCCCUCCACAGAUUUUCUAUGGGAUUAAGGUCUGGAGACUGGCUAGGCCACUCCAGGACCUUAAUGUGCUUCUUCUUGAGCCACUCCUUUGUUGCCUUGGCCGUGUGUUUUGGGUCAUUGUCAUGCUGGAAUACCCAUCCACCACCCAUUUUCAAUGCCCUGGCUGAGGGAAGGAGGUUCUCACCCAAGAUUUGACGGUACAUGGCCCCGUCCAUCGUCCCUUUGAUGCGGUGAAGUUGUCCUGUCCCCUUAGCAGAAAAACACCCCCAAAGCAUAAUGUUUCCACCUCCAUGUUUGACGGUGGGGAUGGUGUUCUUGGGGUCAUAGGCAGCAUUCCUCCUCCAAACACGGCGAGUUGAGUUGAUGCCAAAGAGCUCGAUUUUGGUCUCAUCUGACCACAACACUUUCACCCAGUUCUCCUCUGAAUCAUUCAGAUGUUCAUUGGCAAACUUCAGACGGGCCUGUAUAUGUGCUUUCUUGAGCAGGGGGACCUUGCGGGUGCUACAGGAUUUCAGUCCUUCACUGCGUAGUGUGUUACCAAUUGUUUUCUUGGUGACUAUGGUCCCAGCUGCCUUGAGAUCAUUGACAAGAUCCUCCCGUGUAGUUCUGGGCUGAUUCCUCACCGUUCUCAUUGUAACUCCACGAGGUGAGAUCUUGCAUGGAGCCCCAGGCCGAGGGAGAUUGACAGGUCUUUUGUAUUUCUUCCAUUUGCGAAUAAUCGCACCAACUGUUGUCACCUUCUCACCAAGCUGCUUGGCGAUGGUCUUGUAGCCCAUUCCAGCCUUGUGUAGGUCUACAAUCUUGUCCCUGACAUCCUUGGAGAGCUCUUUGGUCUUGGCCAUGGUGGAGAGUUUGGAAUCUGAUUGAUUGCUUCUGUGGACAGGUGUCUUUUAUCUCAGCUCGUUACCUGUAUAAAAGACACCUGGGAGACAGAAAUCUUUCUGAUUGAGAGGGGGUCAAAUACUUAUAUUUUUUUUAUGGCUCAUACACUAAAAGGGCAUUAUCAUCAUUUUCAAAAUUUCACAGUAUUAUUCCAACCUCCAUAUUAUGGAAAUAUAUAUAAAACACAGGAAAAACAUGUUUUUGUCUGCACUGGGCCUUUUCAGUAAUUCUGCAAUGUUUUAACUACUGGUUUGGGUCAAAUCCAAUACAACACAGAUUAAAACCCUCUGUAUUUUCAAGUAUUAUGGUGGCAUAAUCAUGUUAUGGGUGUGCUUGUCAUCGGCGGGGACUGGGAAGUUUGUCAGGAUCAAAAUAAAUAUACAGUACCAGUCAGAAGUUUGGAAACACCUACUCAUUCAAGGGUUUUUCUUUAUUUUUACUAUUUUCUACAUUGUAGAAUAAUAGUGAAGACAUCAGAACUAUGAAAUAACACAUAUGGAAUCAUGUAGUAACCAAAAAAGUGUUAAACAAAUCCAAAUAUAUUUUAUAUUUGAGAUUCUUCAAAGUAGCCACCCUUUGCCUUGAUGACAGCUUUGCACACUCUUGGCAUUCUCUCAACCAGCUUCACGAGGAAUGCUUUUCCAACAGUCUUGAAGGAGUUCCCCCAUAUGCUUUUCCUUCACUCUGCGGUCCAACUCAUCCCAAACCAUCUCAAUUGGGUUGAGGUCAGGUAAUUGUGGAGGACAGGUUGUCUGAUGCAGCAAUCCAUCACUCUCCUUGGUCAAAUAGCCCUUACACAGCCUGGAUGUGUGUUUUGGGUCAUUGUCCUGUUGAAAAACAAAUGAUAGUCCCAGAUGGGAUGGCAUAUCGCUGCAGAAUGCUGUGGUAGCCAUGCUGGUUAAGUGUGCCUUGAAUUCUAAAUAAAUCAUCAACAGUGUCACCAGCAAAGCACCAUCACACCUCCUCCUCCUCCAUGCUUCACGGUGGGAAUCACACAUGCGGAGAUCAUCCGUUCACCUACUCUGCGUCUCACAAAGACACAGCGGUUGGAACCAAAAAUCUCAAUUUGGACUCAUCAUAGCGCUUGAUGGUUUUUGCAACUGCACUUGAAGAAACUUUCAAAGUUCUUGAAAUUUUCCAGAUUGACUGACCAUGUCUUAAAGUAAUGAUGGACUGUCAUUCAUCUUUGCUUAUUUUAGCUGUUCUUGACAUAAUAUGGACUUGGUCUUUUACCAGAUACGGCUAUCUUCAGUGUACCACCCCUACCUUGUCACAACACAACUGAUUGGCUCAAACGCAUUAAGAAGGAAAGAAAUUCCACAAAUUAACUUUUAAGAAGGCACACCUGUUAAUUGAAAUGCAUUCCAGGUGACUACCUCAUGAAGCUGGUUGAGAGAAUGCCAAGAGUGUGCAAAGCUGUCAUCAAGGCAAAGGGUGGCUACUUAGAAGAAUCUAAAAUCUAAAAUAUAUUGAUUCCAUAUGUGUUAUUCCAUAGUUUUGAUGUCUUCAUUAUUAUUCUACAAUGUAGAAAAUGGUUUAUAAAAAACUUGAAUGAGUUGGUGUGUCCAAACUUUUGACUGGUACUGUAUAAGGAGCAAAGCCCAGGUAAGACAUUAAAGGAAAACCCACCUGAGCUUGAGCAAUUUUGACCCAAAAUAAUUGACAUAUGUUGCGCUAAGAGUAGGGCUGUUGCGGUGAUCGUAUUACCGCCACACCGGCGGUCACGAGUCAAGGCUGUCAAAUUCCAUGUGACCGUUUAGUCACGUUAAUUAGCUCUGAUACUGCUGAUGGUCAUUAGUAGCCUACCAAACUUGCUAACUGCCUGGUACUCAGCACUCUUGUCCCUCUAAUCACUCUGACAUCAAUGCAAAUGUAAUAGAAAAUCUAAUCAAACACUUAAUGAGAGCCCAUGAGCUCAUGUUGCGCAACAUUUCUAUAGGCUAUGCAAUUGCGUGAGAAAACAGAAUGAUGGCCUCUAUUAAAAAGAGGAUCCCAUCAGCUUUCUAUAGGCUAGGCCUACUAUAUUUAUUUCUCAACUUUCGUAAUAUUAAGGAAAUAUUAAGCACAUUGCUUAUUUUUACAACAGGAGUAUAGCCUACCUAGCUGGCAUGAAAAUGAACCACCGGAAAAGCAUCCUCCAUUUGCUAUUUAAGUGCAGAGAUUACAUUUAUUUUUUCCCCUGCCCCUGAUUCGAGACAGGUGCAUGAUAAUGGUCCAUUCUAAAUCAAAAUGAAUUUCACACAUAUUAUUUAGUAUAUGUAAAGACUAGAUUAAAUCAAGAAUUGUCUGAUGUGUGACAAUAUUAGCCAAUCACUUGUGAAUGAUAUAUUAUCACUUGUGAAUGAUGCCCAGCAUAAGGCAAGAAACAAUGCCUUUUUUUUGCUACUUUUUCGAAUCAUAGUCGCACACCUCAUGUUGCCUAGCCCAUAGGCCUAUAUGUUUUGAUAAGGUUUGUAUCACAACUAAAGUGGCCAAAUAACUUCUUAAAAUUAAGCACAUUAAUCCGCUUUACAAGGGGUGUAGAGCCUAACUGGCAUACAUAAGCAGUGCGAGAGUUUCAAGUUUGGGGAAGAUAAUUUUCACCCUAAAAAUGCACCUUUAUAAUAAAAGCAUUACAGGCAUAAUCACAUUUGUGGUCACUUUUGAUAAUGGUGUUUUCCCGCUAAAGGAACAUUUGCGCUUAUAGCCUACUGCCGUGUGCGCAUUGCUGCGCUUAUAAUGUGAAGAAAUAGCCUAAUAGUUUAUCAACAUUUUAAUCUAAACGUUCUGUUCUGUUGCAUCAGCCUCAUUGCGUAAAAAAUGUUUUUUGAUGCUAUAAGUUGUAUUAAAUUCAAGGCAUUAUCAAGUGCUUCUCAAAUUGUGAAUGAGAGACUGAUGAAGUGUGUACAGCCUGCUCAAAAAAACUAAGCAGAGCUCAUGCCUUUCAAGUGACUUUUUUUCAAAUCAUCAUGCAGCCUUACAAUGUAGUAAAAAUCAAAACAUAUAGCCCAACGUUUGUAGAAAAACUAUAGUUACAUUAAUAACUCUAAAUUAAACAUAUAGGAGUAACUAUUUCUUGCUCAACGCAGAAUAGCCGCAUGUGCGCACUCCCUCAAAUUGUUUGGAGAAAAUAUCCUUUCUAUUUUAUUCAGCUUUGUUCAAUUGUAUUCUUCAUACAAUAAAAUAAUAUAAAAUAAUGCCACGGAAUUCUAAGAAAAUCUUGUCUGCUAAAUGAACUAGUGUAGCCCACAGCCAUAUGGCAUAGCCAGAGCAGGGCCUAACAUAAGGACAACUCAGAGUAUGCUAUUCUGUUCUUCUGAAAUAGACUACAUUUUCUUCAUAUCAUGAUCCUUUAGACCUGUCUAAAAUAAAUAAUGGAUUUAUUGUGAAGGUGUAGGCUAUAUUACAUGGAUUUAUUUGACUUUUUAAAAUGUAGAUGUUCCAAAAGUCUGCAUCAGUGGCUUGUAGGCUAUGUGUGGAAGCCAGGAGAUGCUAAAUGUGUUUGUUAAUUAGCGGUCAAUUACCGUGAUACAGACAGUUAUUUGCUUGACUAUCACCGGCUGUUGAAAUUUCGUGACCGCCACAGCCCUAGCUAAGAGUUGUGCAAAGUUGGUAGAAUAUUAUUCAAAAUCAUUCACAGCUUUAAUGGCUACCAAAGGUGCUUCCACCAAGUAUUAACUCUGGGGUGUGAAGACAUCAAGACAUACACAAUUAAGACAUCUUCGUUUAUUUUAUUAAUUUGGAAAAUGUUCUAUAACCUUCUUCACUUGUGGAGUAGGUUGGAGUAGGUUGUGUAGAUCUCUAGGGAAAAAAUCUAAUGUAAUCCCUUAUUAGAUUUCAUUUUAAGGCAGCAAAAUGUGAAGACUGUCCAAUCCUCCUCUGUAGUUAUAAUGCACUCCGCCCCUCUCUCUCUGCUGGCCCCCUGUGCUGCCAGCAGAUUUAUGGCAGUAAUUGUUGCUUGAGUAAUCACAGCAUCAGCGUAUAAUGGGAGUGCCUGCUAUGGAGACCAUGAAAGAUUUACUGAGCACUGUAUACUCCUCUCUCCUCUCCUCUCCUCACUGUAACUCAUUCUCUCGCCUAGACUGUCUCUUCUCUCUCCUCCCCAUCUCUCUCUCUCUUCCUCUUUCUCUCUCCAUCACUUUUCCUCUCUCUCUGUUCUUCUUUCUCGCCUGCCCUGCGCGUUAUUGCCUCACCUCUAUCCAUCUUUCUCUCUAGGCUCCCUUUGUCUUUCCAUCCAUCCAUAUCAAAACCUUGAUAAAUUGAAUUCUGGGCUGGAAGACUGGCCUUUUAAGUAGGAGAAGGCUGCAUGAGGUUGAUUUCCAUAAAUCCUGUUCCUCCAUUCCUCUUGCUGUGCUAGCCUUGUGGAGAUUAGUUUCACAGCUUCUCUUCUUGCCUACAGUGUCAGUAGAGUGAAUUAAAUAUGAGCAGGAAGAAGGACCAGUACAACUGUGCAGGUCUAUGAGCCCCAUUUCUGUGCUUCCAAAUGUUUAUGUACUGUAUGUGGGUAUUUGCAUAUGCAAGAGUGUUUGAAACCUGGCUAACAAGGCUAGCUUAAACAGAGGGAAUCACAAGCACUCAUGAAGGCACGCACACACACACAUCCCUAAAUACAUAUAUACUCUAGCACCAGUGGAUCAAAUUUCCAUAUAUGGUCAAUUAAUACAAGGCCCUCUUUGACCUGUGUUGAAAGGUUGGUGCUGAAUAGAAAAAGGCACAUUUGUCCAAAACGCUAAAAACACCAUUUACAUUUUUACAUUUUAGUCAUUUAUUAGAUGCUCUCACCCAGAGUGACCUACAGGAACAAUUAGGGUUAAGUGCCUUGCUUAAGGGCACAUCAACAGAUUUUUCAUCUAGUCGUCUCGGGGAUUAGAACCAGCAACCUUUCGGUUACUGGCACAACGCUCUUAACCACUAAGCUACCUGCCACCCCAACAUCUCUAACCACUGCAUCAGUCAAUAACAACCAGAGUCACAUAUGCCUGCAUUUAAAGACUAGCUGUUCUCCAUGUAUACAGUACCCUUAAAAUAUUGCCGUCUUGGUAGUUUGGAUACAGCUAUAGCGAAGAGAGUUGAAUAGCUGCUGGUGGGUGGGCUGGCCGGUAAUUACAGCCAUUUGAGUUGCCGGCCGCUACAUGGGUCACAUUCAGAGUUCGCUAGCGCCAGCUCUGGCCCCUGAUCCUGCUCUUCUGUACUGUAGGAGAGGCAGAGACCCAUGCAGAGAUACGGCCAUUUGCAUUGGAUUGAGCUCAAGAACAAAGUGCGCAGGCAAAUGACAGAUUGAGAAGCACUUUCAUUUGCAUACAUACAGUAUCAAACCGCUGCGCAUACGGGAGCCAGAAAACACUGCAGUUGGAGCAAACAGGGUGAGGGGGAGGAAUGGAGAGUGAGGGUGGGAAGACAGGGGGCAGGAUGAGUCAAAACAGGAGAUGAGGAGAGCAUGGUACCCACACACACCCACGCUCUCAGUUGGAGAGGUUUGAACUGAACUCUGCCUCUUGUCUUUUUCAGACUAAACAAUGUCAGCCAACCCAUGUUUUAACCUCAGUUCCCUUUUUCUGUUCAGAUACUUCUUCUCCAGUUCCUUAAACCUGACCAUGUCAUGUCCAUGUGAUGGGAAACAGCAUGUGUGCGUGCGUACGUUAGUUCGUGUCCCACUGGGCAUACACUGGUUGAACCAACGUGGAAUAGACGUUGAAUUGACGUCUGUGCCCAGUGGGGUGUGUUUAUUGGUUCAGCACAUCCAUUGAACCUCACAUUGAGAUACUCAAUGCAGCUGUCUGUCAUGUGACACUUUGGCCCAACAGAAAGACUUCCUCCAUAUUCACUCCUAACCUCCUAGCAUCCAAUUCUAUAGUUGUAUGCCCCUAGCAACCCGUUUUAGCCUGCCCACGGCUCUCCCAAAAGCCUUCGCACCAACAACACAGACAGAAACCUUGCUUCUGUCUUCAAUGUGAACCUCCUGUGUCCUUCAGAUGUGACCUUGACCCUGUGACCCUAUGUUUAUGAACAGGCCUUGUUCCCCGAUUCUCUGCUGAGACCAGGGGAGGAGUACCGCCACGUCACCCGCUUCACCUUCUCCACUGCCUGA